GCGUGAUGACGUAUCGCUGCGGCGUCCCGGCGAAGGCCGCGCGCGCACCAUCGGUUCCCCAAGAUGGCGGCGGCCACCAGCGGCGAGACGGGGUGCGGCGAGGCGGCGGCGGGCGAGAAGCGCGGCCCCCUCGGCAUCCCCGAGGCGGUCUUCGUGGAAGAUGUAGAUUCUUUUAUGAAACAGCCUGGAAAUGAGACAGCAGAUGUAGUUCUUAAGAAGUUGGAUGAGCAGUAUCAGAAGUAUAAAUUUUUGGAACUUAAUCUUGCUCAAAAGAAAAGGAGGCUAAAAAGUCAGAUUCCUGAAAUUAAACAGACAUUAGAAAUUUUAAAACACAUGCAGAAGAAAAAGGAUUCCACAAAUCCAAUGGAAACCAGAUUUUUAUUGGCAGAUAAUCUCUACUGCAAAGCUUCAGUUCCUCCUACAGAUAAAGUUUGUUUGUGGUUGGGGGCCAAUGUGAUGCUUGAAUACGAUAUUGAUGAAGCUCAGGCUCUGUUAGAGAAGAAUUUGUCAACAGCCACAAGAAACCUUGAUCUUCUAGAGGAAGACCUGGAUUUUCUUAGAGAUCAGUUCACCACUACAGAAGUCAAUAUGGCUAGAGUUUAUAAUUGGGAUGUAAAGAGAAGAAACAAGCAAGACCCUUCAAAAAACAAAGCAUAGUUUUGCCAAUUUUAAAUGUGGUUUCAAUUUCCAAAUACUUUUUAUUUAAACACCCCCAAAGUUCAUUCUUAAGGGACUGAGUUACUUUAAGCAUUUCAGUUGAUGGUAAAAUAUAUAAAAACUAAUGGUGAGCACCAUUUUAUUUAUUUGUAAACUCAAAAUUUAGUUUCGUGCAUGCUUCAUGAAAUGAAUUAUUUGAAAAGGCACCACACAGUCCAGCAAAGGCCAUUAGUAUUUUGAUCAGGCCAGUCUGUCGUAAGUAAGUUUCUACCUGAGCACUUGUCUGAAAAGUCGAGAGGGGCAUGUAUGAAAUGGAGUGUGACAUUUUAGCGGGUUAAGGUAACGCAGGGGUUUCCUUUUGCAUCUCUGCGUACAGCAGAUGAAGUCAGAAGUCGAUUUGGGCUGGGAAGACAUGCAGCUGUAAUGUUCUAGGAAACAGAAAAUACAGUGAAGUCUUGGAUUUUGUUUCAGUCAGUUAAUUGGCAGCACCAAUCUGCAAGCAUUCCUGGAUAUCCACUUCGGAUAAACUUGUUUUUAAUAAUUAUUGGUUAGUUAACUGCCUGUUACUGAACUCUCAGCACUUUACAUACAAGAGUUUGUGACUUGUCUUCAGAGAAGCGUGGUAAAUGGAGUAAACAGCACAAGCCUGGGUCAAGACCGCAGGCGAUCUCGCCCGUUCUUUUUCAUACAUGUGCACACGUUGCUUAUUUUUGCAAAUGCAUUGAUCAAGGACCCCAAAAUGCUGAUAGCCUGUAAUCAUGAACCCCCCUAUUUAUGAUCCCUCAGACAAGAAGUCCAGUUCAAAAAAUGUCUUAAUGCUCUCAGUCUCCCAGGUGGUGAAACCUGUAUUAGGUGAGGAUGGCUUACUGAAGCAUGACUUCUGGUGUUUACAGUUGGAAUAUUUUUUUGGUUCUUACCAAGCCUUGCAAGAUUGUUGCCUUUUACCUCUGCAGUCUCUUUCCAAAAUGAAAUGCUCAGUGGUGAUGUCAGUGGCUAAUAUUCACAUUCUGUGACUGAGAAUACAGGUUUCGCUGCGAAAUAAAUGCAAAUGUUAACUGUUCAAUCUUCAUGUAAGAAACAAUAUACCUGUAAAUUUUUUGUACUUUUAUUUCAUGAUAUUAAAAUAGUAAAACUAAACAGUUGUGGCAAA